AUGAGGGACUUUUUGUUUAUAGUUGUUGUGGUUUUGUGCGUGUUGCAAGCUGCUGUCGGUCAGGAUCGCUCUGACUCCGGAGCAGCAGCAGCAGUAGGUGCAGACAGGGUGCGUGCGGCUCCGGCUCCGGCAGGUGCUUCACGGCUGGCGAUACAAUGGAGCGGCAACGGCCGCGCGUUUAACCUGCUGAGCCGUGGCUCUCAGUAUCUGCCUCCGAGGAGAAGAGCCAAAGAGAGAGAAAACAAACCAGUGAUUACUGUCCGAGAAUCAAACCAGACUGCUCCAGUGCAGCAGAGCGCUCACACCGACUCUAACCGGAUUCCGCAACCUGAAUCCACGACGCGACCUGCAGACAGAGACGUGAUGGUCGGAGAUGAUCCAUACGAUCCCUACAAAUCCAUCCACAACGACCCCUAUAACCCGUACUACAACUACUACGAUUUCUACUACAGACCCCGACACAGGAGCAGAGCCAGACCCGGCUAUGGAACCCAAUUUUUUCAGCAUGGUCUUCCAGAUCUAAUUCCAGAUGCAUAUUAUGUGCAAACUUCUACCUACAUACAGAAGGUACCGAUGUACAGUCUUAGAUGUGCAGCCGAGGAAAACUGCUUGACAAGCUCUGCUGCACAUGCACGGGACUAUGAUACACGCGUGCUGCUCAGGUUUCCUCAGCGGGUGAAGAACCAAGGGACUGCUGACUUUCUCCCAAGUAGACCACGCUAUGCAUGGGAAUGGCACAGCUGUCACCAACACUACCACAGUAUGGAUGAGUUUUGUCAUUAUGAUUUGCUGGAUGCAUCCACUCAAAGCAAAGUAGCUGAAGGCCACAAAGCCAGCUUCUGCCUGGAGGAUACGUCCUGUGAUCCUGGCUAUUAUCGACGGUACGCCUGCACAUCUCACACUCAGGGUUUGAGCCCUGGAUGUUAUGAUACCUACAAUGCAGACAUUGACUGCCAGUGGAUUGACAUUACUGAUGUCAAACCUGGAAAGUACAUUCUUAAGAUUACUGUGAAUCCAACUUACCAGGUUCCUGAGUCAGACAUUAGCAACAACAUACUGCGCUGUGAUAUUCAGUAUACGGGCAAUUACGUGCAUACAUCAGGAUGCAGUAUAUCCCAGUAA